ACCGCAGGACUGUAGGGGCAGUUUCCAACUCAUAAAUAGUUCCUUGGGGGUACUUGGAAGCAGCAGUGGCACUGAAAUUGGUGAAAGCUGUAUCAUAGAAAGAGGUUCGACGGAAGCAGUUUUUCAGACACUCUUAUUUUUCUGUUGCACAAAGGAUCUGAUAACAGUGGUCUGUAACAGAGGAUUGCUUCCUGAUAAAAGUGAGCAUAAGAUCCAUAUCUACAAUAGGAAUUGUAAGUGGAGGGGCUGGCAGGUGGGCUGGUGCACGUUGACUCAAAAAUAAUAGAAAAGACUGGUAUUCCAAACAGAACACGUAAGUUCAUAACUGAUGCCAAAUAUAACAGAAUAAGAGCUUUGCCAAUUUGUCCGUAUCUUCCACCCCUAUAGUUCUCUUCAUUGACUUGGAGGAGACUGUAGAGAACCUACCAGAGCAGACUUUGAAAGGAGGCUGAAGUGGGGCUCUUUUGAAGAUGAGACUCAGAAAGUCCUUUAGGCUCUCUUUAGGAUUGUUUUUGGAGUCUGUGGUGGGGUGUGUAGGAGGAUGUUUAUAUCAUGGGGAAGAUACAGAGUGCCUUAAUGGUUAAGUGGUGGCAGGAUGGCAUUGGGGGAGAAAGGGGUCAACUGCUGGAGCGUAAAGUCAGCACGCUUGUAAAUGGACCCAGCAUUGUAGACCGGCCGCCCGGCUGGCUAAAGGGUCUAGACCCAGACGCCCUCCCAGUCACCAUGGUAGCCCUCCUUCCUGACCCCGCCCUCCUUUACUGGCCCUGGGUCAGGCCGGGAGCGGUUGCCUAGGGUGACUGGGACCCCCUCUCGCCCCCGCUCCUCCCCGCCGCUCUCUUAGGUGACAGUCUUCCCGCCUGCUCGGCGGCAAGAGGGCGCGGCCGUGUUGGCGUCACAUCCGGCGGUGGGUGAGUUCCGGUAUUUCAGGGCGGAGCAGGCGGAAGUGGGGUGAGGAGCGGCUAGAACGCCGAGUUGAGGAGGCAGGAGCCCAGGCGCGAGCGGGAUCAGUGUAGGCACCAUGGCUGGGAUCACCACCAUCGAGGCGGUGAAGCGCAAGAUCCAAGUUCUGCAGCAGCAGGCCGAUGAUGCAGAGGAGAGAGCCGAGCGCCUCCAGCGGGAAGUGGAGGGAGAAAGGCGGGCCCGGGAGCAGGCUGAGGCUGAGGUGGCCUCCUUGAACCGCAGGAUCCAGCUGGUUGAAGAGGAGCUGGAUCGUGCCCAAGAGCGCCUAGCCACUGCCCUGCAAAAGUUGGAGGAAGCGGAAAAAGCUGCUGAUGAGAGUGAGAGAGGUAUGAAGGUUAUUGAAAACCGGGCCUUAAAAGAUGAAGAAAAGAUGGAACUGCAGGAAAUCCAGCUCAAAGAAGCGAAACAUAUUGCAGAAGAGGCAGAUAGGAAAUAUGAAGAGGUGGCUCGUAAGUUGGUGAUUAUUGAAGGAGACUUAGAACGCACAGAGGAACGAGCUGAGCUGGCAGAGUCCCGUUGCCGAGAGAUGGAUGAGCAGAUCAGACUGAUGGACCAGAACCUGAAGUGUCUGAGCGCUGCUGAAGAAAAGUAUUCUCAAAAAGAAGACAAAUAUGAGGAAGAGAUAAAGAUUCUUACUGAUAAACUCAAGGAGGCAGAGACCCGUGCUGAGUUUGCUGAGAGAUCGGUAGCCAAGCUGGAAAAGACAAUUGAUGAUUUGGAAGAUGAGCUCUAUGCCCAGAAACUGAAGUACAAGGCCAUUAGCGAGGAACUGGACCACGCCCUCAAUGACAUGACCUCUAUAUAAACUGAAAUGUACCAAAGAGGAGCACCUCUGUACACAAAGGAUGCUGGACCAGACUCUGCUUGACCUGAAUGAGAUGUAGAGCACCCCAGUCCCGCCCUGCUGACGCUUCUCCCUCUGACCCUGACUCCACCUGAGGCCAGCCUGCCUGAAGCUGACCUUUAAACUGAGGGCUGAUCUUUAACUGGAAGGCUGCUUUCUCCUUUCUUCACUCCCUCCAUUCCCUACCCACCCCACCACCAUGUCUUUUUAGCCAAACUAUCUCUUGUCUCUUCCCAGAAAUUCUAGCUGGGCUAGAGGCUGAGCAUCUUUGGGAACAACAUUUAAGGGAAUGUCAGCACAAUGCAAAAUGUCUUUAAAAGCAUGUUGUGAUGUACACAUUUUGUAACUACCUUUUUUGUUGUUGUGGCAACCAUUUGUAAAACAUUCCAGAUACUUCCCCAGCUCUUGAAGCAGCAAUCUAAUCCCUUUCUCACUUUUGGAAGAUGACUUUUCAGUUUAAUUCAUAUUGCCCUCUUCUUAGAAGAGGGGGAAAAGGUAUGGGCCUGCCUUACUGAGAACCAAACAGCCCAGGGAGAGAUUCCUCUAUGGACAACCUCACUCCUCAAAGUACCAGCCAAACCAGAAAGGUGAUCCCAGGAGGAGUUAGCCAAAAAAAAAAAAAAAAAGGAAACAACAACAAAACCAUGCUGUUGAGUUUUUCAGCUUUAAGGUAUCUUUGGACAACUUUUAUUUUUUAUUUUUUUCCUUAGAAAUGACCAAAUUAAGAUGGUAAGACCUCUGAGACCAGAUUUUUAUCCUGUCUCUACCCCCUUGCCAACGACUCAGAGAAUGGAUCAUGUGCUCCUUAUGUUGAGUGGACCACAUAAUUGCUCUCCUGCCUUAAAGAAAAUUAUGUUUUUGCCACUAAUUUAGCAAUAAGAAACUCAUCUCAUUACCCUUUCUGGGUCCGAAGCUGCUAUGUCUAAAAGUGCCAUCUCCUCGUACUUUGCAACAGUUUGUGCUGGAGAAAUCUUGAAUAGCUUGUGUACAAGACUCUGAAAAUUUUAUAUUAUUUGAAACCUUGCUUCGUUUGGUUUGGGGCACCCUGGCCACCCCAUCUGGUUGUGAGAGCUCUCUACAGUCUUUGAGCUGGCAGUGUACUGAAAAUCUUUUAAAGUUUCUUUCCCUGCCCAGUCCCCGCUUUUUGGUGAGGUUCCUCUGAGUGAGGCCUGUUAGGUGUGCAUCCUGCAGCUUAUUGGCUUACAAUGUACUCUCCUUUGGUAUGGUCUUUUUGGGGCCAAUGGGGACAAAGAGAAAACCAGUAGUGCAACUGUUUUGAUACUGAAUAUUGAUAUGUCUUUUUGAAAUAAAGAACCAGUCCCUCCAA